AUGGCCGCCACCAACACCAACACCAUCACCGUCACCCUCACCCAACUCGCCAAAACGAUCGACCACUCCCUCCUCCACCCCACCAUGACCGACGCCGACAUCCUCCACGGCCUCGCCAUCGCCAAGCGCCACAACGUCGCCACCGCCUGCAUCAAACCCUACCUGAUCCCGCUGGCCCUGCGCGAGCUAGCCGGCACCACCGUCCACGUCUGCCCCGUCAUCGGCUUCCCACACGGCAACAGCACGACCGAGAUCAAAGUCCUCGAGGCCACCGCCGCCGCCGCCGCGGGCGGGAAGGAAAUCGACAUGGUCAUCAACAUCGGCAAAGCGCUGGGCGGCGACUGGGGGUACGUGGAGCACGAGAUACGGCAGGUGAACGAGGCGGUGGUGGCGCGGGGGGCGGGGCUGAAGGUUAUUUUUGAAAACGACUAUCUGGGAGACGAGCAGAUUGUGCGGCUGUGUCGGAUAUGCUCGGAUGUGGGCGUGGCGUUUGUGAAGACGUCGACGGGGUACGGGUUUGUGAAGCAGCCGGGCGGGAUGUACGCGUACAAGGGCGCGACGGUGCGGCAUUUGAAGUUGAUGAGGGAGCAUUCGAAGCCGGGGGUGCAGGUCAAGGCGGCGGGGGGUGUGAGGACGCUGGAUGAUUUGCUGCACGUCAUGGCGCUGGGUGUGACGAGGAUCGGGGCGACGGCGACGGUGGCGAUUAUGGAGGAGGCUGUGCGGAGGGGGAUUACGGAGGAGCCGACGACUGUCGAGUUUAAGCCGAUGGCUGAGGACGGGGUUGGCGGCUACUAA